AGAGCAAUGUCUGACUGACAUCUCUGCUCUCUGAAUGAAGGAAGAACCGAGUACAAAGCCAGUGCGACGAAGCAGAAAAGAAACGGAAGGGGGGAAGGACGAGGGGAAGAAAUGCAAAAAAAAAAAAGGGCCGGCAGAAAAAGAAAACACAGGAGUCAAAGAGAUGCACAGGGAACACAAUGACGCUGUGUUGGUGUUAGGGAGCUGUGUGCGACGUGGAGACUCCUGCGGCGGCUGCUCCCCUUCUCCAUUCCCCGCAGCCUCCGGCUCUGUUUGGGCUAUGGUCCUGACUGAGAACCGGGGCAUCACCCAGAUGCACAACUCCGACUGUGCGGGAGGGUGAAAGGCAACAAACAGCAGCAUGGGAGCGAAGCAGAUGAAAUGCCUGAGCUCCGCCAGCCCUGCCCACUCCCCCAAAGAGGAAUACGUUAUCGCCCAGUCCGCUGAGGGCCCCGCAGGAGAAGCGGACCCUCAUCGGCCUGAUAACCAGGGGGGAACUCGGGAAGACAAAUCCGAGCCGACAGAGAGGAAAACUGUCCAGGAGGAUGUGCCGCUCUGUGGGUUGUGUCCCACGCUCGGCCGUGACGGGCAGGAGGAGGAGGAGAAGUCCUGGGAGGAGCAGCUGGACGUCCACCAGGAGCAGCUGGAGAAGGAGAUGCAGGAGGCCAGGAGGAUGGUGUUCCGGCUGCAGGGUCUGCUGCUGCACGGCUCCCUCCCUGAAGAGGACCAGGACGGAUCCGGGAGCUUCGGAGACGGCCGGGCGACCACAGAGCAGCAGCUGGUUCUAAUCCGCAGUCGUCUGGACCAAAGCAUGGAAGAAGGCCUUGAUCUGAAGAGGGAGCUCCUGAGGCACAAACAGGAGACGCGACACAUUCAGGCCAUCAAGGAUGCGCUGCAGCAGCGCCUGUCAGUGCAGGAGGACGCCGUGCUGCAGCUAAAGCAGGAGCUACUGAGGUGCAACAUGGCCAAAGAUCAGUUGGAAGGAGAAAAUGAGGAGCUCAAACGCAAGCUGAGUGAAAGGAACAAAUUACUCACUGAAUAUGAGCAGCAGCAGCAGCAGCUGGGGAAGAAGGACAGGUUGCUGCAGAUUCAGAAGCCCGAUGACAGUCAGCACAAAGCACACGAAGUCGGCCACGGACGGACAUUUAGAGGUGAGAAUGGUGGCUGUAACAACUUGGUGGCGUCGACUUCUCCUUCAACAUUUCAGCACAUUGCACAAGGUGAGGAGCUGCAGCUCGUCAGGGAAGCGCUGCGCAGUCUGAGGGACAGUUUCUCGGGUCAUGACCCCCAGCAUCACACCCUGGACACUUUAGAGCAGGGCGUGGCCAGCCUCAUGGACCGACUCCACUCUUUGGACAACCAGCGGAGACAGGAGAAAGGAGAGGAAUUUAAAUCACCAGGACGCAGAGCCAACUCGACAGACCGUGACUCCUGGCCGCCGAGCUCCAAAGUGGCGCACUCGCACAGCAGCCCGGGACUAGACGCCGUCGUCUCUACUAAAGUGCUCUACUUCACAGAUCGCUCGCUCACUCCGUUUUUGAUCAACAUCCCGAAAAGGCUGGGUGAAGUGACACUGCGAGACUUUAAGGCUGCUGUAGACAGACAGGGCAAUUUCAGAUACCACUUCAAGGCUCUUGACCCAGAGUUUGGCACAGUGAAAGAAGAGGUGUUUCAGGAUGGAGCAGUGGUCCCCGGCUGGGAGGGGAAGAUUGUGGCAUGGGUGGAGGAGGACCACGGCGAGCGGAGGUAGAGCCAGAGAUCACCACUACAAACCUCAGCCUACAGCAUCAAGAAUUUAACCGGAAACAUUUGUUGUGCCAUUAAAGGGGGGGGGGGGGGAAGCUG